CGGCGGGAAGCCAAAGGUUGAAUCGCAGAGUACACGUCAGUGAAAGGGCGCGGAGGAGAGCGAGUGAGAGGCACGUGUCUGUAACUGCCUAACAGUCUGACUUCAUCUUCUCCAAAAAUAACAACACUUCUCCUACUGUUAAACCACAUCCUUUCCAAGUAAUCAUAGCUUUUCCCCUCCAGAAUCUGCGUUCUCCAGGUCUUGCUCGAAAUGUCUAAACAGGCUAUGCUGUUUUGCCUGCACGUGUCGGUGUCUAUGCUGGCGGUUCUGCCUCUUCUAUCAUCCGCCCGUACAGAUGAACUCGAAGUUCAAACUAUCAGAGAGAUGUAUACAGCCUUGAACUGUCCACCACAACUCGAAAACUGGGAACUAGUGGGAGGUGACCCCUGUGAGGAUCAUUGGGUUGGCGUUUCCUGUUUUGGUUCAUCCGUGACUCACAUUAGUCUUACUGGUUUGAACCUCACUGGUACUUUAGACUUCCAGAUUUCAAAUCUUCAACAGUUGAUCGAGUUGGACCUGAGCUCAAAUAGUAUUGAAGGUGAAAUCCCAUACGCCUUACCACUUAAUCUGAUGCACUUGAGUUUGGCAUUAAAUCGUUUCAGCCAGAGAAUUCCCGAUUCUCUAUCGAACCUGAAAAACCUCAAAAUAUUGAACCUUAGCCACAACAUAUUAUCUGGACAAUUGGGAGAUUUCAGUGGCUUGGGGAAUCUGAGAGAGAUGGAUCUAUCACACAAUAACCUCACUGGAGAUCUACCUAGUUCAGUUAGAGGGUUAACAAGCCUGACAUCAUUGUUUCUGCAAAACAACUCACUCACUGGAUCAGUCAUUCUUUUGUCUCAACUCCCACUAAAAGACCUGAACAUUGCAGAUAACCAUUUCAGUGGAGUGAUCCCAGAAAAUUUUCAAAAGAUUAGGAACUUAUGGAUUGGUGGUAACAGGUUUGAUAGAAUACAGAACUAUACACCAUGGAGUUUCCCUCUUGACUUUUUGCACAAUGAGCAGAAUAUUAGCAGUCCACCAAGUCCACAGAUUGGAGGGCACAAGAAGAAAAGACUAAGCUUUGAAGGAAUAGUUGCUAUAGUGGUUGGAGCCACUAUUUUGGGAACCUGUGUUGCAAUUUUGGUCCUUGUGUUGCUCUGUGGGUCUCAUAAGCAGUUGUUAGACGUUAUAGAAGGAAAUCAAAACUCAACUCAUUCUUUUCCAACCAGCUCUACAAUUAGAGAUUUUUCCACUGCAGCUCAAGAAGAAAGCCAUCAAUCAUCAAGAAUGAUAUCUCUUCCAGAACCUUUAGGGUUACCACCUGCUGCUCCCACCACAGCUGUGAAUGUGUCCACAAGAAGAAGUUUUGCCAAGAAAUUCAAAAUCCCAAUGUGUGUGAAACAUUACACCAUGGCAGAGAUUGAAUCAGCCACAAACAGCUUCAGUCAAGAAAACCUUAUUGGAGAUGGAUCAUUUGGAUCGAUCUAUAGAGCAGAGUUUCCCAAUGGUCAGUUGUCUAUUGUGUACCAAAUUAACAAGGUAGAGCCGACUCUCGUAGAUGAACAAUUGUUGGAUAUGAUUAGGACCUCAUCACGACUGAGGCACCCUAACAUAAUGACACUGAUUGGAUACACUGUGGAGGUUGGCGGCCAUUGUAUCCUAGUUUAUGAGUAUGUAAGAAAUGUCUCUCUCUAUGAUGCUUUGCAUAAUGAGGCCUGCAUGACCUUGCCUUGGAACCUCCGUCUCCGUGUUGCACUCGGCGUUGCCCGAGCUCUGAAUUACAUGCAUUCUUCUUGUGUUCCUCCAAUCGCGCAUGGAAACUUGACCGCUGCAAGAAUCUUGCUUGAUGAGGACCUGAGGCCUCAUAUUUCAGAUUGUGGCCUGGCAAACAUACGUCGCAUGAUAAAAAACAGUGUUAAACUCAAGGCUCUUGAGCUAGCAGCUGAUGGGAGUAGUUAUGACUCAUCAGAAGAUAAUGACAUACACGUGAGCACGAAAGAAGAUGUUUAUGAUUUUGGGGUGUUGCUUCUCGAGCUCUUAACAGGAAGGCACCCUUGUGACAGUGGGAGAUCAAGACGAAAGGCGGCGAAAGCAGACGAGGAGGAAGCUGACCUGGUGCAAUGGGCAAUACCCAGGCUGCAUGACAAUGCUUCGCUGGCACAGAUGGUUGAUCCGCUCAUCCGAAACACAAUCCCCGCCAAGACUCUCUCUCAUCUGGCUGACAUCAUCCUACUCUGCCUUCAGGCUGAGGAGUUUAGGGCGCCUAUGAGUGAAGUGGUGGAGGCAUUGAUGUGUGUAGUGCAGAAAUCAUCAUCAGCUGUGAGAGGAGAAGUGGCCACAGAUCCCUUUGACCGCUCAUUUCGUUCCACCAGCACCCACUUCGUUUCCUCUCCAACACAAAGCUACUACUCCAUCUGAAUCCCUACUCGCCCAUACCAUAUAUUGUAGAGUGUUAAUGAUACACCAAUGCAUACACAGUAUAUAACGAUAGAGGACAUGAAAUGCUUUUUUUCUUCUAAAGCCUGUAGUGUACUAUACUAUACGUUGGUUUAAGCAAAAUGAGUGUCAUAUUAACG